UGCCAAACACCAGGCUUUCGCCCUUUGCGGUAACAGUAACAGUAACAGCAACAACAAACAUUUGCACUAUUUCGACUACAAGACGGGGAUUCCUAUUUGGCAUAUACGCUCCGUCGCCGUUGGUUCCGUUAUUUUAUUUUUUGGUCCCGUGCUAACGGUUGUCUUGGCAUCUUCCAGAAAUAUCACUCAUUGAGGGUUACCCGUUAAUCACCCCAUUCCAAAUCGCGGCACCGAUCCACCAUGAGUCUUGCACCGGCAGUUUCUAUAAAACCCAACAGGGAAAAGGAUUUAACUCCAGAUUUGAGAGAAAAGAACCGUAACACUAAAGGUGAUUCAACUUCGACUAUCACGGACAACAACGAGAAGGAGAUGGAAAGUGAUUCAACUAAAACCGAUCCGAAGUCGAAGAAGCGAAGUUUAUUUGGAUUUGGGAAGAAGAAGGGCGACUCUAAACCUGGUGCUAAACCUUCCCCUCAGUCCGUUUCGGGACUACCGAGUUCGCCAUCUACGAAGGAUGUGCCUCAUACAUCAACGAAACGUUCGGUGACUAGUUCGCCAAUUCCAGCUGGAAGCCCCAAUAUGACGCCGUCCUCGCCUAGCCGGGGAUUAUAUUCGUCGUCUCCACGAUUAAGUUCUCCUGCAGGCUCUCAAAUCUUCGAGCGAGAUGUUCAAGAAAGUACCAGCGUUAUACCUAAUUCGCCGGCUAUCCCGUCCCAUAUCCAGACUGAAAACUACAUCCCACCUGUCCUCGACGCAUCCUCCGAAGCUAUUACCGAUGACCGCCUCAACCCCGACUCCGUCGAGAUCGUAACCCAUAACGCGCACCAACCUGCCAGUGUAACGGUGACUGGUGCUUCCCAAUCUGAAACCGCGUCUAGUUCAUGGGCUGAGGAUCUUGCUGCUUUCUCCGACAAGGAAGAGGCUGCCUCGAACUACGGAUCACUCGACUCGGCUGAUGUUAGGCGUCUGAGCUUCAUUUCAUUUGCGGAUGUGGUCCAAGCAGAGCAGGUACCUCCGAAUAGCAGUCGAGAUUCUAUGCAUCUUGCUGGUUUGACUUCUAUUGGAUCAAGAGGAGUCAACCGUUCUCCCUCCCCGAUAAGAUCACCUGUCUCCUCGCAGGGACCAGAGACCUCGCCACCGAACAGCAUAUCGGGAUCUAUCAAGGGGCUAAGCAUGUCACCUGUCCGGAAACCUCUUGGAAGCCCUACCUCUGUGGAGCACAGCCUUUCAGUGAACGGAGAUCUCAACAUAGAGACCAUGUCGCAAGCGCUGAGACGUACUGGUAGCACCGACCUUAGCAUUGCUCGGAGUCUCCCCGUCAGCCCGAUUGAAGGCCCUUCUCGCUAGAUGGGUAAGGGAACAACACAUCUACACACACCUACCUAUCUCUCCUAACUGGAAGAUAGCACAUUAUGAGACUUCGAUAUAUUUAAAAAGCCGCGCCUCUUCUCGGCCGACUUCAAUUUUUGGACGCGUUUACUUA